UUGCACUUCAUUACUGCGCAAUUGUAGAAAAGCAGUGUAUUCGGAAUUGCUUUUAUUCUGCCAGCAGAGGGCGCUGUUGUUCAAUGUGGACGCACAUUAGUUACGUAACGUAAACGUCAUCACGCACUCUUCCUGGUUCUGUCUGUGUACAUGCGGGAAAACCAAGUUGUUGACAUCUUUAGACGGUGUGUUGUUUCUCCCAAAUACUUGUAUAUCCAGAAAUCCUCAUCUUCAGUAUUGAUGGAGUCAGAGGGGACUGAAUCCUCACCAUCAGCCCUCGGCCAAGCUGAAGUCUGCAACUCUAUUCGAGAGCGCACAAUUGCAGAGAACAGCAUGGUGGUCCUGCUGCAGGGUCUGCAGGGGGAGGUGACCACAGUGGACCUGAGGAACGAGAGCACAGCCCAGGGCCGUGUGGUCAACGUGGACGCCUUCAUGAACAUCAGGCUGGCGGAGGUGGUGUAUCGGGACAGACGGGGUCAGCUCAGUCACCUUCAGGACUUGUUUAUCACGGGCAGGAACAUCCGAUAUGUUCACAUCCCGGACCACGUGGAUAUCAUGAAAACCAUAGAGAACCAGCUAGCCAAGAUCCACCGGGUCCGCAACUUUGGCAAAGAAGGAGGCGGCCGGAAGGAGUUUGCAAAGACAAAGAAAUAAUUUGUGUGUGUGUGUGUGUGUGUGUGUGUUGUAAGUUUAGGAUCAAUAUAAAAAUACUUAGAUGUUCCAAGCAGUAUAUUUUUUUAGUGGACAACAUUCAAUCAGGAGUUCCAUCCAGAUUAAUCUGAUGGGCCAGGAAAGCUUUCUUGAAAAUAAGUUUAUUUUUCUGCCUUUAUUUUUUUGAAGGCCAAAACUGCAGGAAAACAGAUCUGUAUUGUAUUCUUCAAGAUGAAGAUUCAGAUUUUUUGAUUAUAUUGGAUCAAGUUUGGAUCAGUCAGGACAUUUCACCCCACAACUGAUCUUUUCUGUGCUUUCCGUUGGACUGAAAAGCACGGAUAUUUUUUUAACAAACAUACAAUAUAUUUAUCAUGCACCAAUACUGUAAACUAAUGGUGGUAAAUUUAUGAAUGGAACUCUAUUCUAGAGGUUUUGUCUGUUUGUCUUUUGUUUUU